UUUACUACAUAGCGGGUCGCAUCGCGGUUAUGAGAGGCGCAUUCCGGUCAUAAAGGUAAAAUGAUGGCGAUAAUUUGAGGUAACGGACAGAGAGAGGGAUGAGGAAUAUUUGUGCGUGAAGUGGUUGCUGUAGCGUUCUUUCACGACAACGGAUCUCAUCUUGGUAUAGCCAGCUGCCUGUUGCCAUGGCAACCAGCAGUGCGGUGCCUAGCGACAACCUCCUCACGUACAAGCUGGUGGUGGUGGGGGAUGGAGGAGUGGGGAAGAGCGCUCUCACCAUCCAGUUCUUCCAGAAGAUCUUUGUGUCCGACUAUGACCCCACCAUCGAGGACUCCUACCUGAAACACACAGAGAUAGAUGGACAGUGGGCCAUCCUGGACGUGCUGGAUACAGCAGGCCAAGAGGAGUUCAGUGCUAUGAGGGAGCAGUACAUGAGGACGGGGGACGGCUUCCUCAUCGUGUUCUCUGUGACAGACAAGGCCAGCUUUGAACAUGUGGACCGCUUCCACCAGCUCAUCCUCAGGGUCAAAGACAGGGAGGCCUUCCCCAUGGUGCUGGUGGCCAAUAAGGUGGAUUUGGUUCACCUCCGCAAAAUCACCAGCGACCAGGGGCAGGAAAUGGCUGCCAAACACAAUAUCACAUACAUUGAGACAAGUGCCAAGGAUCCCCCUAUGAAUGUGGACAAGGCGUUCCAUGAACUAGUCAGGGUUAUAAGGCAGCAGAUCCCAGAGAGGAGCCUGAAGAAGAAGAAGAAGAUGAAGUGGCGAGGGGAACGAUCUACGGGUUCUCACAAAGUCCACUGUGUCAUCUUGUGAUGGUGUCACCCCUCUCGCCGCUGCGUAACAAUGUUGUUAGAGAGAACUGCAGACUGGCAGUGACCAACAACUGGAGGAGAAAAGGGGAAUUGGGGGAGAUAAGAAACUGACUGUUACAGUGUCGAAGAAAAAACUCUCACUUGAUGGGGUCAACUCCAAGGCAGGCAUCAUUGCCCACCCCCUUCCCCUGAUUGGUCAGAAAAAAGCACUCCAGGAGGAGCUCCUUAUGGACUGACUGAUUUACAGACAGUGCAGUGAUGAUGCUCUCCAUGGAAGUGGAGGUGGACAUCAAGGUAUUCUCCUGGGUGGGGAGAUGUGACGUUAGAUGUUGUUAGGGACCCAUGAUCUGAGUGUUUGUGUUGUGGUUGUAAGUUCUCCAUGGUGUUGAAUGUUAAAUUCUGAGACGAUAAAGAGGAUGAUUAUGAAGUAUAUUCGAGCUGCACUAGCCACAGGCGUAAGAGGAUGUGGCUUUGGCUCUGGGGUCCUGAAGAGAAGUGGGAGGAUGUGGCUGUUAGUACUUUUUAUUUUAUUUUUCUGGUGGGGAGUAUGGCUUGUAGGUUGAGGGGACCAGUUACUCCAAUCAACAAGAUGUUAGAUUUCUCUGUCUAAUAGGGAGUAUUUAAUAACCUAUGAAAUGGCUUAUACUGUUAAAGCACUAAACAAAAAAACAUUUGGGCUUGUUCGUCUGGGGUAUAUUCAUUACGGCAAUUCUGUUGCAAACUCCAAAAGGAAAACUUUUGCACGAAAACUAGAGUGUCUAUUGGACAAAUUCAGGUAGGUCCCUCCCUGUUUCGUUCCGUUUGUUCAGUUUGCUUCUGUUUUGGUUCUUAAAUGAUUUCCAUUGAAAGAUGUAAUGAAUACACCUCUGGUUAGAAAUUUGCUCUUGAAUGAAGGAAGUACCUUUGCACUUUGAAUAGAUUUUGACUUUCAUAUCUGCAUGUUGAAGAAAAAUGUCAAAUUAUGAAAGGGAAGGCAUAAUAGAAAUUGACUGAAUGUGAAAAACUGAGCUUAUCAUAAUUAUGUCAAUACUAUGUAGCCCAUUUGCCUGUCUCAUGUCUGUUGCACAGAACAGUUUAUACCAGUGGAGGCUGCUGAGGGGAGGACCGCUCAUAAUAAUGUCUGGAACGGCGCAAAUUGAAUGGCAUCAAAC